AUGGUCCAGUCAGCACGGCCCCCAUGGCUCCUUGGAGCACGCUCCUCAACCGUCUUUAUCGUAGCCACGGUUUGGAUUUCUUCAUUCACAGGCUACUUUCUCUAUGCAAUGGUUGUCCCCAUCCUCCCAACAGCCCUAGUCGAGCGCGCGCAUGUCCCAUAUCAAGACCGUGAGUACUGGGUAAGUCUCCUCCUAAUGAGCGAGGCUCUAACCGCCUUCCUCUGCUGUCCACUCUUCGGGUACCUUAUCGACAUCGCACCGACCCGUCGCCUUCCGUACCUGCUAGGCCUGCUCUUCCUCGGCGCCUCAAUGGGCCUCCUCGCAGCUGCGAGGACAACAACCAUGUUUGUGAUUGCUCGCCUGUUGCAAGGAUGUGCGACGGCCAUGGUUGCUGUUGCAGGACUGGCACUCCUCACGGACUCCGUCCCUCUCGAUAACCUGGGACAGACAAUUGGGUACCAGGGCUCUGCCAUUGCGCUGGGAUUUCUGCUUGGUCCGUUGCUCGGUGGGAUUAUCUAUGACAGGGCCGGAUACCAGAAUGUUUUCCGGAUGGCGUUUGCGCUUGUAGGUGUGGAUUUGAUCAUGAGGGUUGCCAUGAUCGAGAAGAGCGUUGCUGCUAAGUGGACUGAUGAGAAUCCUUCCGCUCGGUCUUCUACAGGGCCUAUUCUGUCUACCCCGGGAGAUGACAGAUAUCGAACCUUUGCAGAUGUCCAAGGGACAGAGGCGGAGUCUGAUGAGUCUGCACUCACAGAUGGGCAAUCUCAAAGCCGCGACCAUGGACAAGAGGACAGCAAGCCGCCGACGCUCUUCCAAAUAGCGAAGCAACCCCGAGUCGUCAUCUCCUCAUUUGGUCUUCUCGUUCAAGGCCUUCUAUUCUCCGCUUUCGAUGCCACAAUCCCCAUCUUCGUCGAAAGAACCUUUAACUGGACACCCUUGGGCGCAGGACUUGCCUUCCUACCAUCAGCCCUAACAGCUCUGCUGGAGCCGUUUUUCGGCUACAUCUCCGACACCCAAGGCCCCCGCCUCCCAACGUUCACCUCAUUUUUCAUCCUCCCCUUCCCCCUCCUCUCCCUUGCCUUCGUCACCACAAACUCCCCCUUCAUGAUUUCGCUGCUCCUAACCCUCCUAGCCCUAAUCGGCCUGCUCAUAAACCUCGCAACGCCAGCCCUCUUCGUCGAAACGCAAGACGUCCUCGUGCGCCUCCAAACCGCUACCCCUACACCCUUCCCCGCUCCGCAAGACCAAGACGAAGACCUACCACACCCCGCGAACCCCCAAAACAAACAAAGUCCAGCUUCAAGCCAAAAACAUGUUAAAGGCAUAGCGCAGGCCUUCGGCAUCCAAACAAUGGCGCAGUUCCAGGGUAUGUUUCUGGGUUCAUUGUGGGGCGGGUUCGUGGAGUGGCGGUUUGGCUGGAAGGCUAUGGUCUAUUCCUUGGGGGUGCUGUGUUUUGUUACGAGCUGGAUUAUGUUGGGGCUUGGGGAGGAUGCGGGGGGUGAUCGGUCGAAGGGUGCGGAUGGGGGUGGAGAGGGGAGGAGGUCUUGGGUUAAGAGGUUGGGUUUGGGAAUGGGGUUAAUGUGGAAGGAGAAGAGGAGGAAGCGGCGAAGUGCCGCAUCGGGGAUUGAGGAAGGUGGUAGAGACGGGCCUGGGGAUAUUGAAAGAGAGGGGCUUUUGGCUGGUAGUGGGAGGGUGUAG